UUCAGUGCAUAUGUUUCUAAAUGUGUUGCAGUCUUGCUCGGCAAUGUGCUCAACUUUGGUUGAAGACACGGGAAGCUCUUGGGCACCCAUUAGGAUUUUCCAAGGAAAAUGAUCUCUUGUUUCAAAAUCUUCCAAAUUCCCAAUUGCAGAAGGUAUUGGAACGUCCUGGAGCAUUUGUUCUUGAGAUUGGCACUGAAGAGAUGCCUCCUCAUGAUGUAGUUGAAGCAAGUAACCAGCUUAGAAGUCUCAUUAUGGAGUACCUGAAAAAAAGAAGACUGAGUUGUGGAGAAGUUUCAUCAUAUGGUACACCACGUUGA